UCCUGAGUAUGUCUCCGUGAGGCUGUGCAGAGCUGAUGGGGGAGACUGAAGAUGAGCGCACGGCUCGGGCCAGUCAGCUCUUUGAGACCUUUGUGCAGGCCACCACCUGCAAAGGCACGCUGCAGGCCUUCAGUAUCCUGUGUCGGCAGCUGGAGCUAGACCCACUCGACCACGCCCACUUCUACAGCUGCCUGAAGGACGCGGUCACCUCAUGGAAGGUCAAGACUCUGUGGACCAAACUGGACAAAAGAGCUCAGCACAAGGCAUACGAGCAAAACACAGCCUGCCAGGGCACCAGGUGUCUCAUAAUCGGUGGAGGUCCAUGUGGUUUGAGGACUGCUAUUGAGUUGGCUCUUUUGGGCUGUAAGGUGGUGGUGAUAGAGAAGAGGGACACCUUCUCCAGGAACAAUGUCCUCCACCUGUGGCCCUACACCAUCCACGACCUCAGGGGCCUCGGAGCCAAAAAGUUCUAUGGCAAGUUCUGUGCCGGCUCCAUUGACCAUAUCAGCAUUCGCCAGCUACAGCUCAUGCUUCUUAAGGUGGCACUCAUUCUGGGAAUAGAGAUUCAUGUUAAUGUGGAGUUUGUCAAACUGCUGGAGCCCCCAGAGGAGCAGACUGAUGACAGUCCAGGAUGGCGAGCAGAGGUGCGACCUGCCACUCAUCCAGUCAGUGAGUUUGACUUCGAUGUGAUCAUUGGAGCUGAUGGGCGAAGAAACACAUUAGAUGGUUUUAGUCGCAAAGAAUUUCGGGGAAAGUUGGCUAUUGCCAUCACUGCUAACUUUGUGAACAGGAACACCACAGCUGAGGCUAAAGUGGAGGAGAUCAGCGGUGUGGCCUUUAUCUUUAAUCAGAAGUUCUUCCUGGAGCUCAAAGAGGAGACAGGCAUCGACUUGGAGAACAUUGUGUACUACAAAGACAACACCCACUAUUUUGUGAUGACGGCCAAAAAACAGAGUCUUCUGGACAAAGGAGUCAUUUUGAAUGACUAUCUUGAAACAGAGCGUCUGCUGAGCCCUGAUAAUGUUGAUCAGGAAGCCUUGUUGUCUUAUGCUCGUGAGGCUGCGGACUUUGGGACCAACUACCAGCUGCCUUCUCUGGACUAUGCCAUUAACCACUAUGGACAGCCUGAUGUUGCCAUGUUUGACUUUACCUCCAUGUACGCCUCAGAGAACGCUGCUCUCAUCCGGGAGAAGCGUGGCCAUCAGCUGCUGGUUGCAUUAGUGGGUGACAGUUUGUUAGAGCCCUUUUGGCCCAUGGGUACAGGCUGCGCUCGGGGGUUCCUGGCUGCCUUUGAUGCUGCCUGGAUGGUGAAGGGCUGGGCACAGGGCAGGAACCCCCUGGAAGUCCUGGCAGAAAGGGAGAGCAUCUACAGACUGCUGCCUCAAACUACACCAGAAAACCUCAGUAAGAAUUUUGAUCAGUACACAAUAGACCCUACAACACGGUACCCCAACCUCAACUCUACCUGUGUCCGACCCCAUCAGGUGCGACAUUUAUUUUUUGAUGGUAAACAGGUCUCUGGUCUCCUGGAGAGACACCCCACGCGGCAAUCAGCCAGCCUUUCAAGACGAGAGUCGGAGGUGCGACCCAGCAGACUGCUGAGCUGGUGUCAGAGGCAGACGCAGGGCUACAGAGGGGUGGAGGUCACUAACCUGACCUCGUCCUGGAGGAGUGGACUUGCCCUGUGUGCACUCAUCCACCGCCAGAGGCCUGACCUCAUUGACUUUGAUUGUCUAAAUGAAGAGGAUGUUGCGGAAAACAACCAGCUGGCCUUUGAUGUAGCAGAGAGAGAGUUCAACAUUCAGCCAGUAACCACAGGGAAGGAGAUGGCUGCACAGGGGGAACCAGACAAAUUGCUCAUGGUCCUCUACCUCUCCAAGUUCUAUGAGGCCUUUAGGAACUCGCCACUAAACGGCAAAGGUUCAAAAGAGUUGGACGAGAACACUAAGGACUAUGCAACCAACAACAAUCAACCAAGAAAGAGGAUACCCAGGGUGGAAGACAAGAAAGCAGAAGAUGACUCUGUUAACAAGAGGAGGAGGAAAGGGGACCAUUAUCUAUCAGAGUUGUCUUGCCACAGUGCUCCCCCUCCUGGUGAAAAUGGAGAUCUGCGAGAGAACAAGGUCCGAUCCAUGGCAACUCAACUACUGGCCAAGUUCGAGGAGAACAGCACAACAGGAAAAAUACGAACCAAGUCUGAUGAGGAUCUUCUAUAUCCAUCUGCCUCUCCUUCUCCUGUGUCCUCUCCUCUUCCUCUCUCCUCUGAGGAUGAAGAAGAGGAGGAAAAGCAGGACACAGAUAACCCUCGCUUUGCUAAACCUAAGGCUGCCCCACCUCCUCCUCCUCCUAGUCGUCCAAAGUGGCAGCCGUCCAUCUACCUCCGCUUACUGGAGAACCCUAGUCCCUCAUUCUGCCCCAACCACUCUCCUUCACCUCCUCGUUGUAAAAGCCCUGUGGCCCUGUCCUGUUCCCCCACCUCUUCUCUCUCUGCACUGUCAGAGCGCCCAGGCUCUCCUCUGGCCCCAAACCCCUGGUGCUCUGUGGGACUUUCAGAUGUGGGCUCAGAUGAGUCAGAACAGCAGAGUAAACAAAGCAAAGGCCCAACAUUGUCCACACGAGAAUUUACCAAAAGGAGUAUACAAGAGAGAGCAGUCCUCCUCUCUUCUUUGUUUUCUGGUUCCAGCAAAACUCCAGCAACUUCUGUUUCAGAGAAACAGGAUGCUUCUUCCCUUUCGUCCUCAUCUUCUGCUCCAUCUUCUUUCUCUAAACUUCCCAACUACCCCACUGUCCACCCUGUCCCAGAUCCUACAGCCCAGAAUGGUUUCUCCUCUUCUCCUGCCCCCGCUGCUGCUACAUUUGAAAACUUGACUCUGGAGGAUUCCUCUUCUCAUCGGUCUUAUGUAGCUGUAGCUGAACAUAAAGCUAUAUCCAAAGAAAAAUGCCCAAACAGAAAGAGCACUUCAACUCCCCUACCCAACUUGAACUGUGAAAAUGGACACAACAGCUCCCCCUGUCUGCCUAAUUCUCCACUUGAACACAGUCAAAACCCUGUAACUCAGGACCUUUUGGGUGAAAAUGAUUCCACAAAGUGUCAUGUGAGCUCCAAAAGUCCUGUUCAGCAGUCUUUUGUUCGCUCUGAGAGUUGCCCGGCAGCUGCCCCUAGUUAUCUGAAAGAGCGUACCAUUGGAAAGGUUUCCUCAGCCAUAGAUGCUAGAGCACAAAAGUUGGCCAUCAUGUAUGAGACCGAUCACAGGCCAAAUGCGGCGCCGUGCGUUGGUCGUGGGGGCUUUGCUCCUACCCUCGGCGGGAGUGACACCUGCCACUUCUGCUCCAAGCGAGUUUAUGUGAUGGAGAGGCUCAGUGCAGACGGACACUUUUUCCACCGCGACUGUUUCCGCUGUGACGUCUGUAACUGUGUGCUACGGCUGGGCACGCACACAUACGACUCACGAGAAGGAAAGUUCUACUGCAAAGUACAUUAUGCCCAACACCUAUCAAGCACUAUUUUUGGAAAGUUUGGGAGACGAACGGAUGACCAAAGCCAGAAUAACACUCAGGCCUGCACAGCAGCCAGCACUGAUGCAGUGGCAGGUGUGGAGCAUGAGACUGGGGGCACUCAGACUGAUACAGAGAUGGCGAGGGAAGCUCUGGAAGCAUCGUGUCUGGUCACUGCCUCAAAUGAACCGGAGGAAACCAAGGCCACAAGCCAGGGUGGUCUCAAAGAUCAGACUAAUGCCAAACAGAGCCAUCGAUGGAAACGGAAAAUCCAGGCCACCUUCCCUUUGAUCUUUGUCAAACAUUUCCAGAGGAGUUGGUCUGGAGACAAACCAGGCCCUGAAACUGUCCCUGAGGCAGACUCUGACUUUGAGGAUCUCACACCAGCAGACAGCCAUGUUUUGCCUGAAUGUUCGAAGGCAGAUCCCCAAUGUCCUUCAGAGGGGAAAGAGGAGAGGGAACAGUCCUCUGCCAAGUCAAAGGCAGGAGAGCGUGCACCAGCCCCAAAGAAGCGCCUCACCAUCCCUGUGUGUGAGAAGGAAAAGCUGUUGGACUGGGAUGUGGUCACUACUGAAGAAGCAUCAAGACAAAUAAACAAAAGUGAAGCCAAAACAGAAGAACACAAUGAACAGGUGCAAACAGACUCAAUGGGAGAUAAAGCCCAGAUAGACCUAGUCCAGGAUCCAGCCCAGAGCCAGAACCCUCCAUCCUCAGUCUUCCAGCUCAUCGCCAGUGCCUUCAGGAAGAACCAUCCCAGCAGCCCAAACUCCACUGUCAUUAUGAGGCCAAAGCGGGAUGGAUCUCGCAGACCAAGGCCGAUGUCUGAAGGUGCUUUUAACUUCAGCUCCCUGUUCAGCUCAGCAGAGUUGGGCUCCGACAAGCACAAAUUGGGCAGUGAAGUACCCAGUGUGAGCUCUGACCCUUGGGGUGCUGGUCGGGACCUGCCCUCUCUACUCCAGCAGGUGUCACUAAAGAGCAGGAGGGUGUCUGAGGCGCACCUGCCCCGGCGCAGAGUCGAUCUGUUCUCCUCUCUGCGCCUCAGGAAGAGGCAGGGUGGAGAGAGCGAGGAGAUCAGGACCAUCCUCACCAACCUCAGAAACAAAGCCUCCAGUCAGCAGAGCCUGCAAGAACUGUCCUCCAGUGAAGAUGAAAAUGAUAACCCAGUGUUCACAAAGAAGUGGCACCCAGACCGGCAGAGGAGGAGGCAGGAGAAGAUUCAGGCUCAGCAGGCCAAAAGGGACCAGCUGAAGAGGCUGCACAGAGCUCAGGCAAUUCAGAGACAACUGGAGGAGGUCGGAGAGAAACAGAGGAACCUGGAAGAGCGAGGUGUUGCUAUAGAGAAGCUCAUAAGAGGAGAAGCAGAAAAGUCCCAUUCAGAUGACAGAGAUGAAGCCCAGCUGUAUCAGACCUGGUUCAAACUAGUUUUGGAGAAGAACAGACUGGCUCGUUAUGAGUCCGAGUUAAUGAUCUUUGCUCAAGAGCUUGAACUGGAAGAUACACAGAGCAGGCUGCAGCAAGAACUAAGGAAACGAAUGGCAGUAGAGGACACCAAGAAGAGUGCUUCAGAGCUGCAGCAGGAACAGGAGAUGUUGGCAGAGAUCAUGAGGACAGUGGAGCGGAGGGACAAGCUCGUAUGUGCCCUGGAGGAGCAGAGACUGAAGGAGCGAGCAGAGGACAGGGACCUCGAGAGCCUGCUGUUGUCACGGGGAUACGAGUUCCACUGGGCCCACCUGGACGACGGCGAGGAGCAGGAUCAAGGGGAUGGGCCUGAUGGGUGAAGGGGCGAACCCCGUGGCAACGCUUGGCACAACAUUUUUUUAAAAAGAAGACGAGGGUUUCUGUUGGCAUAGGAACUACACUGUGCUUUACCAGCUCUGGAGCCACAUUAACUUUGUACAGACAUAGAGGGAUGUGAUUACUCAGUGUUUCAUAGAGGAGACUAUGGUGUCCCCCAGUAGUCUAAAUCAAACUGAGCAAUAACUUGGUAAAAAAUAUUAAAAAUAUUAAAUGUAUAAAUAUGAAUAUAAAAAAGUAAAAAUAUUUUGCUUGUUAUAUUAUAAUAAAUAUACAUGUAACAUUUUAUUUAAUAUAUUAUCAGUCUGUUUAAUUAAAAGAAGCAAUAAGUGGCAUAUUUACUCCCCCAUUUUUUUUUUAUUAUAAUUUUUUUUUAAGGAUUGCCUGUGCCACCAUAAUCUUGUAAAAACCUGAGGGAAACACUGGCUUAUUACACUGAUUCACCAACACUACUUUAAUUAGCUGUCUACUUUGUACUUUUGCACAUCUUGAUUUUGCAACAAAUGAGCCGAAAACUAUUCAGACGAUAAUGUUGAUGUUUUGUAGGCAUUGCAUAAAGCGAGUGUAUUUUACAGUUUUUGUUUUGUAUUUUAGUGUUCAUGACAUUUAAAUGUAUUACCACAGUUGAAUCAGUAAAGACCAUAACUGUACUGUAAUGUCAGUUUAAUUGCACAUUAUUUCCACUUUAUUUAACAAAUUUUUAUCUUAUCUACAAAAAGCAACAUUGAAAUCCUCGCUGUGAGGCUGUGAAUCAUGCUGAGGUCCUGUGCGUUGUGCGUUUGCAUGGUCAUGGUUGAAUUGUGACUUCUCAUGUUU